AUGCAAAAGAUAGAGAAUAUUGAGAAAUGUUUAGGAUGUCUAAACUCAAAAGGAGUAGCAACUGAUGGUCUUUUAGCAAGAGAUCUACAUCAAGGCAACCUCAAGUCCGUCUUGGGACUAUUCUUCUCCUUAUCCCGCUACAAACAGCUCCUUCAGCAGGAGGAUCAAGAAAGGCGCAAGAAAGCCGCCGCAGGAGGCGGGAAAACAGUAGCCCAGCAACGAGCGCAGAAUGCGAAACAUGCUCAGCCUCCUCCACCUCCACGUCCCAACGGCCAUUCCAAGCCGUCAUCCGCCCAACUGAAAGCAACAGGUGCCCGUCUCGCCGUCCGUCCUCAGGCCACCGUCAACGGAACUCAUCUAUCCGUUGGUCAGCCAUUAACGAACAACCCAUCGGCCACCUCCAACCCGGUGGCCUCAAGCUCAACCAGAACUCCAGGGCGUGCUUUGCCCAAUGGAACAAGCCGAGCCAAUGGGAAUAACAACAACAUAGCAGGACAAGUUGCCCCAAGGAUCAAUGGCUCGUAUCAAGGACUCAACAAGUCUUCACAGAACUUGACAAACGGUGUUCAGAAACAGACUGAACGACAAGCCCAUAGUGGGAAUAGUAACGGAGUGACGCAACAGGCAAAGGUUGCCCCGAAUCAGUCAACAAGACGUGCCACACAUAACGGGACAAGUAAAGGUCGAGAGACGCCGAAUCAAGGGAGAGUGACACAGAGUUCAGGUAGGGCAGGCUCGCGGUCACAGUCGCCCCCUUCGCACGUUCUGUUGAACGGAUCUAGCAAUCCCAGCAGAGGCCGUGCCACGCAAGGACACGCAUCGCAGGAAAGAGAAGCGACCCGUAGCGCCAACACGCCAAAAUCUGGACGGGCCACACCAAAUCCACAAACAUCUGGACGGACCACACCAACUCCACAAACAUCAGGACGGGCCACACCAAAUCCACAAACAUCAGGACGGGCCACACCAAAUCCACAAACAUCAGGACGGGCCACACCAAAUCCACAAACAUCAGGACGUUCCACUCCCAACCCUCAGACACAGCUCGGACAAAGUGCCCUCAGCGGAUCUCGUAGCACUGUAAGUGUCGAGCAGCGGCGAACAACAGGGCAAGUCCCGAAGCAGCGUUCGCUCUCGCCCGCCGAACGAGUUCCUCCAAAACCCACUAGCCUUAGCACAGUCAGUAGCUCCAGCAGUCACGGGGCAAAGAGUCAGAGCGGAGCUAGCAGCUCCGGCUAUCAUCAUUCUUCAGGGCGAUCGUCUGGCGGGUCAGUGACCAGCAUGCCAAAGCCCCAGACAAGGUCCAGCCAUGGGGGUACAAGCACUGCUGGGGUCGUACGACGGCAGCCUCCGGCUGGCUCGUCCUCACAAAACUCAGGCAAUGUUCGUAGGAAAGCUACCUCCAAAGCUGGGAGUGGGGCAAAAGGUUCAAGCAGUGCCCGGAGCUCCUCUUCCGAUAUGGGCUCCAGGAUCCCCACCCCGAACAGCCGCGGUGGCGCCCCUGGGGGUGGGGGCAUCAAGGCCCCCGGGCAGCGAAAUUCCAUCGGCGCUUCAAUCGGCAACGAUAGGAGUAGAGGCCCCUCACCUGUUCCCAGUUCACAUGGUGCAGCACCCGCAUCCAAGAAGACAUCAGCAGCAGCUCAGGGACACCAGUCUUCAUCAGGCAUCUCAUCUACCUCAUCUUCCUCCAAUAUCAAGCCUCCGGGUUCCGGUCUAGCCGCGCCCCGCUCCCAGACCAGAAGCCCCUCCCCCGGCAUGGCAGCUAAAGCAGGAUCAGGGUCAUCAUCGAAGCUAGAAGCAUCGAAGAGCAAGGCACGGUCGAGUUCUGUCCCAGCUGGCCAGAAGGGAAUUCCUACCCCGAAGAGCGGUGGUGGGGCUGGGGGCACAGGCAAGCCCCCUCCUGCAGCACCACCAGGGGGUGGUGGUGCCGGUGGAGGAGGAGGAGACAAGACAGGAUCAAAGAUACCCCCUGCAAACAAUGGCAAGGGCUCUAUGCUGACGAAGCUGAAGAUAUUUGGGAAAGAUGGAAAAGGACCUCCACCAGCUGCGAAGGAGAAGGAAGUGGAAAAGCCCAAAGAGGCAGUUGCCAAGACUAAGCCUGCACCUGGGAAGUCGUCUAUCGCAAAACCGGUUCCCCCAAAGAGGGACUCGUCUGCAGGUAGGCAGGCUGCACCUGUCAAGAAACCAGCCGCAAAGGAAUCAAAGUUGCCUCCACCAAGUAAGGUCGAGAAGAAGCCCAAGGUAGAGGAACAUGUGCCGGAAAGCCAAGAAUCCCAUAUUGAAAUAGAAAGAACAAACUCUAACGGAGCUGUAUCCCCCGGACUAACGUUGGGUUCAAGCAGCCCCAAGAAUGCUUUGAAGGCUGUAGCUCAGAAGACAAUUGGGAGAGCCUUUGGAGGGGCCAAACCAAGGACUUCCCCUAAUUUAGGUCAUAAGGAAUAUGUGCAAUCUGAUCUGACCAACGGUGACUUGAGCGAUGAAGGCUCCAGGUUGCCGAUGGCAGAAAGCAAGCUGAAAUCAAAAUUGCCAAUACAUAGCGGAGAAGGUGAUGGAAGUGUCCGAAGUGAUAUAUUGGAAAGUGGAAAAAUGAUCGGACUUAAAAUGCCAUCCAGUAAGUUGAGUACGAGUAAAGUUAAGCCGGUGCAGACAGUCACGAGCCAGCAGCACGGUGGUCCUGGCGGUGGUUCACAGAUUCCAAGUUCAAGGGGGAUUCCCAAGCCAGGUAGUACACAGAGAUCAGGAAUCAAGGCCCCUGGUUCUAUUGCUGCAAAGAAACCAGAGUCCACGAUAAGCGGUGAGAAAGAGAGUGAGGAGAAAGUGACUUAUACUCGAGGUGGUGCGUACAGUCCCGUGCCACCUAAGCCUCCUAUACAGACUGAACCAGUACCUAUAGUAGAUAGUGAGAAACCCGUUGCAGAACCUACUAAAUCUCCAGUUGUCAAGACACCAUCAUCAGGUGGACGUAACUCCAUCACCACAUCGCCUAGUCAUAACCGCUCACCAGCCAAUACAGCAACGGUGGCGCCAUUCAACUAUACAGGAAGUCGACCACCCUCCAAGGACUGCAGCGAUACAAUAAGCAUUGCUGCUUCGAAUGAAACGGACUCUGUCAACAGCACACCGAUCCACAGUCAGAUCAGUAUCUCAUCAACCACAAGUCAGUCCUCGGAGAACAGCGUCAUCUUCCAGCCAAAGAUGGAGGAAGACUUCUGCACCACGGUCUACAAGAACGAUAAGGCAGUCACGACCUUUGGUACGCCCAAGCAACAGCCUCGUGUCCUCAAGUCGAUCCCGGAUGUUCAGAACUCGAGCGAUUACAACGUGACGGUGAUGAACUCGCAGGUCGCUGCCAGGCCCUCGCCAGCAACGAACCGUGCGACCAAAGAGACAACGUUUGGUGAUAGCAUCACGACUCAGCUGAAGGAACCUACGCAAGAGGUGAGGCACUCACCGGAGGUGCCGCAUGCUCAGCGUAGCUCCAGCUUGACUCGCAGAGGCUCAUUAGGAUCGACCUCAAAGCUUGGGAGCAUGUCGACCGUUGCUGUCUCAAUACCCACUGACUCUACCAAUGACAGUAACGUCAUGACGACCAAAUCUGAUGGCAGUUACCAGCCCCUACUAAGUAAGGGCUAUCUCAAUUCGAUGAAACGGACCUUCUCAAACCGUUCCCACCUCAACGACCUCCAGUUCACCGACCAAACCUUGAUCGACGAUUGCAAUGACUAUGUCAGCGAGGAUAUCGCCAGUGGCUACGUGAGCGAUGGCGACAUUUUGCAUCGCUCCGCCGGCCUUGGUGAUAUUGGAAGCGGUUACAUGAGCGAGGGAGGAGGCACGCUGUAUGCAAGGCGCAUCGGGAUGUCGUUCAGAGUGCAUGAUGGGAUGGCUGCUGUACGAGAAUACCUCUCAAAAUCCAUGGAUCUCAGUGAUGAGGGAAGGUAAGGAAUCACUUUGUUUUUCAUUUUUUCUUGUUUGUGGUUAUAUAUAUCUAGUUGUUUGUGUUGUAUUUUGUAACUGUUUAAUUUUGUUUCACUGUAAACAUAGUCACCACAGCAGUGCACCAUUUGAGUCCAGCAGACAUUUUUUUUCAGCUACCUUCAGAAUCAUCUGACCUGAAAAGGUCUCUGAUGACACACCAGCCUUGAUUAAAUCUCAUAAUUAAUGAUUGCUUUUGCAUCAUUGGUAGCUCCUGUAAAAACUUGGUUUUGGUCUGUUGAUAAUUGAAUUCUCUACAUGUAAGUCUAAAAGACUUUGAACAGUUCCUGACCAUUUCCUAUAGCCUAUGGGAUUAAUUUAUGACAUGAAAUGGCUAUUGAGCAAUGCUUGCAGUGGUAGAUACCUGAAAUGCCGGAAUUAUAUGAGAAUAAUCUAAAAAUAGAUUCCUUACGUAAUACAACUUUUGUAAAAUGGGUUAGUUGAUAUAGCAUUGAAAUACAGAUUUCAUGCCACAUCUCAAAUGGCUAUUGAGCAAUGCUUACAGUGGUAGAUACGAGAAAUGCCAGAAUUAUAUGAGAAUAAUCUGAAAAAAGAUUCUUACAUGAUACAACUUUUGUAAAAUGGGUUAGUUGAUAUAGCAUUGAAAUACAGAUUUCAUGCCACAUGUCAAAUGUGCUGCAUAUAGACUACAGAGGGCAGCAGAUAGUUAUCAGCUGUCCAUGCAGCUACGCAUUUUGGGAUUCUAUUUUCCUUUAUUGAAUAAUUUGCUAACUGGAGCAUGGAAUUGGAUGGUUAUGAGGCCAAAAUAUUAAAUAUGGAAUUAUUGAAGCUGACAUUUGCCUGCCAAACAUCCCUGGGGCCAAAUAAAAUUGGUAUUUACUAUACUGCAAUCUCUUCAAUAAUUGAAAUAUGAUCCAAGU